AGAAGCUUGCUGCCUGUUUCUGACCGCUCCUGAUCAUAGUGGUGAAUGGAUGAUAUAUUAAAGAGAUCAAAGACCCUGUUGGCACCGUGUCAUUACUCCGACUCCAGCUCGCCGCGGCCCCCGGCGCUCUGCAUACCUUUCCGGGCUGGGCAGAGCCGGGGAGGCGCUCCGAGUGGCCCUGGCUGGCUGCGGUGGGUGUGUGCUUCUUUUUUCUAUAUAAGCACCUUCUGCUCAAUGCAUUUUUGACUGCACAUUCACUGACAGCAUGGCGAACAAAAAGGAGGCACCCCUGGGCUCCAUCGAGAACCCGAUAAAGUUCAAGGACCAGGACUUCAAGACCCUGCUGGAAGAGUGUCUGAAGUCCGGAGAGCUGUUCGAUGAUCCGACCUUUCCACCUGAGCAGAAGUCCAUCGGUAUGCCGGAAGAUCCGGAUCCAAAAAAGGCGAUCAAGUGGCAGCGACCCAAGGACAUCCAUGACAACGCUGUUUUUGUGGAGGGCACGACAGGGACCACUGACAUCUGCCAGGGCCAACUGGGUAACUGCUGGCUACUCGCGUCCCUGUCCUGUCUCACCAUGCACCCCAAACUCUUUGUGAAGGUGGUGCCGCCCAACCAAAGCCUGUCCAAGCCUUACGCAGGGAUCUUUCAUUUUAGGUUCUGGCAGUAUGGUGAGUGGGUGGAGGUGGUUGUGGAUGACAGGCUGCCAGUACGUGAAGGCCGUCUGCUCUUCAGCUACUCUCACACCCGCCACGAGUAUUGGAGCGCCCUGGUGGAGAAGGCCUAUGCCAAGUUAAUAGGGAGCUACGGAAGCCUCAAGGGGGGCAACAUUUCAGAGGGGAUGGAGGAUUUCACAGGAGGCAUCGCAUACUCUCUGCAGGUCUCAUCUCGUACCCCUCGAGUCCUCUGGAGGUCUCUGACAGCCGCCCUGUCUCGGGGCAGCCUGCUCAGCUGCUUCAUAGAGGCCACCAACUACCUUGAGGUUGGUAAAGUGACAGAUAACGGACUUAUUAAGGGCCACGCUUAUGCCAUCACCGACACCGACAAGGUGACGAAGGCGUCGGAUGAGGUUUUGCUGCUGAGGCUGAGGAACCCCUGGGGUUUUAUUGAGUACCGCGGGCCGUGGAGUGACAAGGGGAAAGAGUGGGACGGCGUGGUCAAAGCAGAGAAGGAAAGGAUUGAUCUUAAAAAGAAAGAAGACGGAGAGUUCUGGAUCAGUGCUGAGGACUUCAGCAGCCUGUUUGACAUCGUGGAGCUCUGCAGUGUAAAUCCUGACACUCUUGUGGAGGGAAACGCACCUGACUCUACUUCCUCUCCUGCCUCUGCCUGGACCAUCAGUGAACAUGAAGGAUUCUGGGUAUCGGGGAGCUCUGCUGGUGGCUGCCGCAAAUACAACCGAUCGUUCUGGAAGAAUCCUCAGUUCCAGCUGAUUCUCACAGAGCAGGACCAGGCAGAAGCUGAAGAUGAGGAUGAUGAUGAGGAUGAUGAAGAUGACGAGGAUGAUGAGGUGAUGACCCCGGAGGAGAAGAAGAGAGCAGAGAAACAGAAGCAGAAAGCCAAACAGUGCACCGUGCUGGUGGAGCUGCAGCAGAAAAACCGCAGGAAGAAGGAUAAAGUCCACUUCCUCUACAUGGCUUUCCACAUCUACAAGGUUCCUCCUGAGCUCCAGGGUGUGUGUCUGAGCCGCAGCUUCUUCAUGAGAAAUCGCCCUGUGGGUCGCUCUGGGAAAUAUCAGGCUCAGAGGGGUGUGUGGAGGAAGCUGCAUCUGGACCCGGGUAACUACAUCAUCGUGACGUCCACCUACCGACCCAACCAGCCCGGAGAGUUCUUCGUCCGCGUCUUCUCCAAGACUGGAAACACCCUGGGGACUCAGGACUUCACCUGCUCCUUUGGCUUCCUGCCAGUUAUGGCAACUCCUGUCUCCCCGGAUGAUCAAGUGAGAAUCCGGAGGACCUUUGAUGAGGAGGCUGGCUUGGAUGACAGGCUGAACGCCAAGGAGCUCAUGCAGCUGUUGAACAGAGUUCUUGACAAAGAUUACCAUCUGCCACUGGAGACAUGCAGACAGCUCAUCUUUGCAGAGGAUACUAAAGGGCGCUCCAGUCUCAGCCGUAAACAAACAGAAACCCUGCUGUCCAGUCUGCGCCAUCUGCAGUCCGUCUUUUUCCAGUUCGAUGAGGACUCUUCUGGGACCAUGAGCCCCUUUGAACUCAGUACAGCGCUACAAGCUGUUGGGAUGCAGUGUGAUAAUAAGGUGGUUGAGCUGCUGUCUGAGCGCUUUGCAUCUGGAGACCGUCACGUGCCCUUCCACAGCUUCGUGUCAUGUGUCACCAGGAUGCAAAAGCUUUUCGCUCUGUAUGAAUCAGAGACCAGUCAAGAGGUGAAAGACAGAGGCAUCAACUCUUGGCUGCUUCAGUUCCUGACAGUGUGAAGACAACACUUUAUGAGGAGGGUCUCCAGCUGAGCCACAACGUAGACAACACACAUAAACUGUACAUAACCAUGUAUGCCUUGUUCCAAAGCAACAGUGGUGGUUCGGUUCAUGCUUUGCUACGCCGUUGUUUUUAUUCUUGCUUCAUCUCCAUUCUUAUACACCUGGCUUUAUCCUUUAUAUAGGUUCAAGGUUCAGCUUUAUUGUCACUAUACAAUACAGGAUUGCACAAUGACAUACAGCUGUAACCCCACCUACACUACACACACAGAACAAAAUAUAAAUUCGAAAAGAAUAAAACAAUAAAACAGAGCAAAGUAUAUAAAAGUAACAUUAAAGGAAAUAAAAAGAAAACAAUAUAUAUACAUAUACACACACAUAUAUGUGCCUAUAAUACGCAGAGUAUAUGCCGACAGUAUCAUUUAAUUGUUAUGCAAUACUGUUAUAUUACUCCACAUUGUAAUAAAAUUGAUUUCAUAAUUACAGA